AAAAGUUUAUUCGAAGAAAACUGAAAUAUAGCAUUUUGAUGCUGUCGUCAUUAGACGCUUUAAUAAUUAAUGAUACCUUCGAUGUGCUUGCGUGAGCGCGUGUGUAAUUCAUUAAACAAAGAAACAUAACAUAAACUUUGACAUUUUUCAUUUGGAUCUUCUCCAUUUGUAUUUAUAUUUUUUUUAUUAUUAUUUAUAUAAAUUAAAGGAAUAAUUAAUUAGAUAAUUUAAUAAAUUAAAGAAAUAAUUAAUUAGAUAAUUUAAUUGGUUGAAGUUUAAUUGCACACACACACACACACACACGACGCGACGACGACGACACAUACACCCAGAUAACACACAGAUAAUUCUUAGUACAGAGAUGGCGUUAUACGUAUAAAAGGCAAUUUAACAGAAACGGUGAACCAUAAUCACGGUGGAGAACAUAUCUGUGGCAACUUUUGAAAACAAAUUACUUAUUGUUAGAAAGAGAAACACAAGUAAUUAAAAGGAAAUGGGACUUUUAUCCGAAGGAAGUCCACUUAGUUGGGAAGAAACGAAAAAAUUGUCGGAUCAUGUGCGAAAGCAUGGGAUCAUACAAUUUAUUAAUAUAUAUAAGAAACUCAGAGAUAGACAAGGUGAUGUACUCAAGUGGGGUGACGAGGUAGAAUACUUAUUAGUAAAAUUUGAUGAUGUAGCAAAAACAGCAAAACUUAGCUUAAGAGCCGACGAAAUAUUAAAAGUUUUAAAUGAAAAAGAGCUGAAAGAUCCGUCAAAUGUUAAAUCGUUAUGGCGACCAGAAUAUGGUGCAUAUAUGAUCGAAGGGACACCAGGGAAACCAUAUGGAGGUUUAUUAGCACAUUUUAAUGUUGUAGAAGCAAACAUGCGUUAUCGUAGACAGGAAGCAACAAAAUUAUUAAAACAUGGAGAAGUACUAAUGUCACUGACCAAUUUUCCAAGGCUAGGAGCAUCAGAUUUUACAGAUCCUCCGGUUGUGCCUACUCCAAGUGCUGGAGCCUCCAGAAGCUUGUUUUUUCCAGAUGAAGCAAUAUACCCAGGACACCCACGUUUUAAAACAUUGACAAAAAAUAUUAGAGAACGUCGUGGAGAGAAAGUUGCUAUAAACAUUCCUAUUUACAAAGAUACAAAUGUUCCUUCUCCGUUUAAAGAAGAUCUAAUAAGUCAAGGAGAUGAUGGAUCCAGUGGUAAAGCAGCGAAAAUAGAUCAUGUUUAUAUGGAUGCUAUGGGUUUUGGAAUGGGAUGUUGUUGUUUACAACUUACUUUUCAAGCUUGUAAUAUAGAUGAAGGUCGAACAUUGUAUGAUCAACUUACACCAUUGUGUCCAAUCAUGUUGGCUUUAACUGCUGCUAGCCCAUUUUAUCGCGGAUAUGUGACAGAUGUUGAUUGUCGAUGGAAUGUAAUUUCCUGCUCAGUCGACUGUAGAACGCAAGAAGAACGUGGAUUGAAACCUUUGGAAGAAAAUCAAUUCAGAAUUCAUAAAUCUAGAUAUGAUUCCAUUGAUUCAUACCUCAGUGAACAAGGAGAUAAAUAUAAUGAUGUUCCACUGAUAUAUGACACUGAAAUAUACAAGCAGUUAUUAGAUAAUGGAAUUGAUAGAUUACUUGCUCAACAUAUAGCUCAUUUAUUUAUCAGAGAUUCUGUAUCUUUGUUUUCUGAAAAAAUACAUCAAAAUGAUUUGGAAGAUACCGAUCAUUUUGAAAAUAUUCAAUCGACCAAUUGGCAAACAAUGCGAUUCAAACCACCACCUCCAUAUUCUUCUAUAGGAUGGCGAGUUGAAUUUCGGCCAUGUGAAGUACAAAUUACAGAUUUCGAAAAUGCAGCUAUUGUUUGUUUUAUUGUACUUCUAACAAGAGUUAUACUCAGUUACAAAUUAAAUUUACUUAUUCCAAUUAGUAAGGUUGAUCAAAACAUGGCUAAAGCACAAAAAAGAAAUGCUGUUAAAAAUGAAAAGUUUUGGUUUCGUAAAGAUAUUACAUCAAAUACUGUAAAGAAAGAUAAUACAGAAGAGGAGUAUGAUGAGUUUACCAUUAAUGAAAUUAUUAAUGGCAAGAAUGGCGUUUUUCCUGGAUUAAUACCAUUGGUUAAUUCUUAUCUUGCUAAUAUGGAUGUGGAUGCAGAUACACAUUGUACAGUACAAAGAUACAUGAAAUUAAUUCAAAGACGUGCAUCUGGUGAACUCCUAACAACAGCUGCAUGGCUUAGAAAAGAAGUAAUCUCACAUCCAGAAUACAAACAUGAUUCUGUCAUAACACAACGUAUCAACUACGACUUAAUGAAAAAGAUAGAUAGUAUCGUAUCCAAUGAAGUUUCUUGCCCAGAAUUACUUGGACCAUGCAUAGCAUCUAAAACAACCGAAACAAUACCACCAGCUGUUGCUAAAGCAGAAAAGUGCCGAGACAUGGAUUGUUAAUGAUAGUAUUUUUACUAUGACCCAAUUUUUUGCAGGUAUAUCAAUAAACUUUAUAAUUUAUUUUAUUCGAUAUGCGUUGUACGUAUGUCACUUAAUAUCUACUUUAAAAAGAAAAGAAAAAAAAAAAAAAAUCAAGAAAGAAAUUUGCUUUUAAUGCUUUGAAAUUUUGUUUCGUUUAUAUUUAUAUUACAAAUAAUUUACAUUCCAUAUGAUGCAUUAAGAUGAUUUUUAAGAAAAUAAUAUUAAAAUACAUAUUAUCAGUAUUUUUAAAUAAAACAAAUUUCUCUGUGUAAUUAAAAAUAUAAUGUACACAAUUUCAUUUUUUUUUCUUUUUCUUUAUUAUUUUUUUUUUUGUUUUAAUAUAAUGACAGUGGUGCUGAAUAAAUAUAGUAAAAUAAGAUUUUUUAAAUGAACAUAAAUUUUCAAGAAUUCUUAUAACGAUUAGUUAUGUGACAGAAUGUUGAAUGUUCAAUAAAAAGUAUUUGUUACACAACUUGUUACACAAAUACGAUUGGAAA